CGCAGGCAGGCAGGCAGGCAGGCAGUACAGGGGGGAGGAGAGAGAGCACUCUGCUGGCAAGCAGGCACUCACCCUCUUGUAUAGCACUUAUUAAUAGUGGAGAAUCGAGAGCUGGAAAGCGAACAAUCUGACAGUCACUCGGAACAAAACAAACAUUGAACAUGCUUCCCAAACAAAUCUUUUAAUCCAUCAUCAUAAUCAUCCAUUUCUUCAAUUUUUUAAAUAUUAUUCACGUUUUGCCCAUCGCUUGCUCUCUUCCAUCCAUUAAACGAUAAAUUCUCAUCAAAUGGAAUCGCUCGAAGGAAGGCCACGGGUUCAGUUUCUCUCAUGGAAAUACACUUUUCAUCUCUCGCUCUUGUUUCCGUUGUGGUUUUGCAUUUGGGUCUUUCUGCAGAAUCAAUUCCUGUCUAUCAGGCCACAACCACAGGCCCUGUGGGUGCUGGAGAUGAUAACGUCAUAUUGAAUCCUAGAUUCGAGGAUGGCCUUAACAAUUGGUCUGGGAAAGGAUGCAAGAUUGAACUUCACAAAUCCAUGGAAGAUGGAAAAGUCUUUCCGCAAUCAGGGAUGUUCUUUGCUUCUGCAACAAAUCGGACAGAAAAUUGGAAUGGAAUCGAGCAGGAUAUCACUGGAAGAGUGCAACGAAAAGUUGCAUAUCAAGUUACUGCGGUGGUUCGAAUAUAUGUUGACAAUGACACCAGUGCUGGUGUACAAAUCACAUUGUGGCUUGAAGAACCUGAUUUUCGUGAACAGUAUAUUUCCAUUGCCAAUUCACAGGUAACAAAUAAAGAUUGGGUACAGUUGCAGGGAGAGUUCCUUCUUAACGAAACCCCUUCAAGAUUGGUGAUAUAUCUAGAAGGCCCAUCUCCAGGCACUGAUAUUCUUGUUAACAGUUUAGUAGUGAAGCGCGCUGAGAAAAUUCCUGCUUCAGCACGACCAUUUUCCAAGAAUGCUACUUUUGGAGGGAAUAUAAUCGAGAACAGCUAUCUUGAUGAUGGCACCACAGGUUGGUUUCCUCUCGGUAACUGUGCCUUGAGUGUUGGAACUGGUUCACCGCGUGUGCUUCCUCCAAUGGCAAGAGAUUCUCUGGGAACUUAUGAGUCUUUAAGUGGCCGUUACAUUAUGGUAACUAAUCGGUCAGAUUCUUGGAUGGGUCCUGCACAAAUGAUCACUGAUAAACUAAAACUCUACUUGACAUAUCAAGUGUCUGCCUGGGUUCGAAUUGGUCCUGGAGCAACUAGUCCUCAAAUUGUGAAUGUUGCCCUUGGUGUGGAUGGCCAGUGGAUCAACGGGGGUGAAGUUGAGUUUAAUGAUGACAAUUGGCAUGAAAUUGGUGGGUCCUUUAGAAUUGAGAAGCAACCGUCUAAUGUUAUGGUUUAUGUCCAAGGUCCUGCUUCUGGUGUUGACUUAAUGGUUUCUGGUCUUCAAAUUUUCCCCGUAAACCGGCAAGUCAGGUUUAAAUACCUGAAGAAGCAAACAGAUAAGAUACGUAAGCGUGAUAUCAUUCUAAAAUUCUCAAGAUCAGAAAGUAGCAAUACAGUUGGCAACUCUGUUAAAGUCAGACAGAUAAAAAAUAGUUUUCCUUUGGGAUCAUGUGUAACCAGAACGAGCAUGGACAAUGAAAAGUUUGUUAAAUUCCUGGUUAAAAGUUUUAACUGGGCUGUGUUUGAAAAUGAACUAAAAUGGUCCUGGACAGAACCACAAGAAGGUAAGUUCAACUACAGGGAUGCUGAUGAGUUGUUGGACUUGUGCAAGAGCUAUAACAUAGAAGUCCGAGGUCACUGCAUCUUCUGGGAAAUGGAGUACACAAUUCAAUCAUGGGUUAGAUCCCUGAACGCAAGUGGCUUGAUGACUGCCAUUCAGAAUCGCCUAACAGGCCUUCUCACACGCUACAAGGGACAGUUCAGGCACUAUGAUGUGAACAAUGAAAUGCUGCACGGGUCUUUCUAUCUGGAUCGACUGGGAAAAGAUAUCCGAGCAAACAUGUUCAAAACUUCCCAUGAACUAGACCCAUACGCCACCCUCUUUGUGAAUGAUUAUCACAUUGAGGAUGGAAGUGACAUCAGAUCAACACCGGAGAAAUACAUACAACAAAUUCUUGACCUCCAAAAACAAGGUGCACCAGUGGGAGGAAUUGGUAUCCAAGGUCAUAUUGGUGUUCCAGUUGGACCAAUUAUCUGUUCUGCUCUGGAUAAAUUGGGCACUCUAGGCAUUCCAAUCUGGUUUACUGAACUUGACGUGUCUUGUCCUAACGAGUUUGUCAGAGCAGAUGAUUUGGAAGUAGUGCUUCGUGAAGCAUUUGCACAUCCUGCAGUUGAAGGUGUGAUUCUUUGGGGAUUUUGGGAGUUGUACAUGUCCAGGAAAAAUGCACACCUCGUGAAUGCAGACGGUAAAAUCAAUGCAGCUGGUAAGAGAUUCCUUUCCCUCAAGAAAGAGUGGCUAUCUCAUGCUUCUGGACAUAUUGAUGAGCUAGGAGAAUUCAGAUUUAGAGGAUUCCAUGGGACAUACAAUGUGGAAUUUGUUUCCACCACAGAGAAAGUUAACAUGGCAUUCGUUGUUGACCAGGGUGAGUCCCCACUAGUUGUGUCCAUUGACUUGUAGACAUUAAGCAUCGCUGUCCACAACCACAAGGGAUAUUUUCUAAACAGAGAAGCACUCAUUGAAGGUUUGAAUUAGAAUUGAAGGUUUUCUCAUUUGCAGACUGCUAAGUAUCAACAACCUGCACCGACUUUUUGGCUAGGUUGAGCGGUUCACCAUUACAAUAUCUCGGGCAAACAAUAAAUUGCGUGAUCUUAUCAAACAUGUUUUUUCUAUGGAUCUUGUUUUGUCAGAUAAUUAACUGCAACUCAAAACUUAUGUGGCAGGAUACACUGUAGGGCCUUGUAUAAGAUUUAUGUCAAAAAGAGAAUUGUGCCUUGAGAUU